AUGAACACGGAAGAUCAAGAGGGCAACUGGAAGGACGUCAAGAGGGAGUUGCCAGAUUUGCGUGAGUGGAUCGGCAAAACUCCCUCCCUUUUCCUGCACGAGCUGAGGAGGGGGAAUGUGGUUACGGAAGAGGCGUACUGGAGGGCGUUUACAAUUCCCGACGCCGCCAAACGCGCGGACUCAAUCCUGUUGCCGGUCAUGAGACGAGGGGACGUCAAGUGCCGAGAGCUGUUGGAGAUACUCGAACAACAGCGGAGCAGGGAACGGCAUUUCCUGGACAUGCUGAAGACGAGCCAUGUGUGCUCGCCCACUCUGAACCCCAACUCAGCACACCGAUGGCUCAACAUUUCUUCCGAUCUCAGGACAGUGACAUGUAACAAGGGUGAUCAGCCUUACUCUGAUCACGCAGAGAGGUUUGAGUGGUGGCCAAUAGUCCUCUGCUUCGAGAACUUCUCGUCGGGUGACCACUACUGGGAAGUUGACGUGAGAGCCUCGGAAAACUGUUCUAUAGGUGUCGCACGUGGGUCGAUUCCUCGGAAAUGCCAAGACAUGUCUGGCAGGCUGGGCUGGAAUAAGCAGUCUUGGGCGUUCAUUCAAUGGGAUUCAAAUCAUUCUGCAAGACAUGGCGACCGAUGCAAAACUUAUUCAAAGAUUACGCAUUUACAGAGAGUCGGCGUUCACUUGGACUUUAACGCAGGAAAGCUUUCGUUUUACAACGCCAGCACCAUGGAGCUGUUGCACUCAUUCGAGGACAUUCCAAGUGAGCCGCUCUUUCCGGCUUUCAAAGUGAAGUCGGGCUCAGUCGCGAUUUACGAAGUACAAUCAUUCAAGAACCUGACUGUGGAUGAGAGCAUAGAAGACAUUCAGAUUUGUGAUCACUUUGCAAACAGCGAGGAUCAUCGCACAUAUAACACCGAUGCAGAGAAGGGUGACAGCGAAGAUGCAUUGCUCAGAACGGGGAUGGAGGAGCCUCCGGUGGUACGAGAGUUGAUCGGUAGGAUCCCUGCAAUGCUACAUCACGAGUUGCUCAUCCAGGGUCUCAUCACGCAAUCUGAGCUCUCAGAAGUCUAUUCGAUGCCCCACGCGUCAGCACGAGCUGACUUCAUCAUAAGCCGCCUCGAUCGCAAGCAGGAAGAGAGCCCGCAACUCCAAGAGAUUCUGCGUGAACAUCGUGAAAAGCAAGAGGCAUUCCUGAAAAUGAGGAGGGAAUCGAACACUUGCUCGCCGACUUUGAACCCAAACACGGCACAUCGGAACCUCCAGAUAUCUGCCGACUUUAAAACCGUCAGGACCUCCACACACACCCAACCUUACCCUGACAACUCAGACAGGUUUGACCACUACCAAGUGGUCAUUUGCUCUGAGAAAUUCUCGUCGGGUCGCCACUACUGGGAGGUGGACGUGAGGGGUUCUGAGAAAUUUAACAUCGGUGUUACGUAUGACGCGAUACCACGGGAAGGUGAUGACAAAGCCUGUAAAAUUGGUUUCAAUAAAGUUUCGUGGAGCUUUAAGAAAAGGGGCAACACAUACAAGGCGGUACAUAACGAGACGGAAACAAACCUGUCGGUGCGAGAUGCUCCCAAAAGAGUCGGGGUUCACCUGGACUGGGAGGCGGGCGUCUUGUCAUUCUACAGCGCCGACUCCAUGUCGCUGCUGCAUCGAUUUCAAGGAAAAUUUGAUCGAGAGCUGUACCCUGCAAUGGCCGUGUUGCGUGAAAGUCUCUCAAUAUGCCCGUUGCCGUACGCAGACGCUCGUUGUUAGAGAUGGGAGGCCCCUAUUUGAGUGGUUGCCCAUGCGACCCCUGUAUGUAUAUAGAGUAACUCCCUGGCCAACCGCGAGGGUUCAGGUUCCUGAAAAACCUCGCGGUUGGUAAAGUUACAGGGGGCCUAUGGGUAGUAGGGGGGUAGGGGAACCACAGCCGUGGUCAGACUCGCCACAGCUUAACUAAGUUGCCUGAUUAUAAUCAGGCAACUUAGU